AUGUAGUAAACAUAGCAAUUUUAAUCAUAAUUUGGAAUAUUUUCUUGAAUAGGAAAAGUCUUAGUUAAAAAUAAAUUAUUUUUAUUCAACUCUAAAUUCUAUAUUACACUUCACCUCUAGUUCCGUUAAUAGUCUAGGCUCAAUUUGACCAAACAGCAAUCAUGUGCGCAUUCCAAAUUUAUUUUAAUGUGACGAAAAGGCUUCUUCAGGGCUCGUCUCAUAUUUUGGGCUCAUUCAGAUUAAUGAAUACAAUGCAUCAGUUUAAAUUGAAUACUGUGGUCAAAUACCCGAAAAGAGAAACUCUAAAACCAGUUUGCACGAAACAAAGUCUAUUGGAACAAAUGAAUUUGAAUAGUGAAAGUCUUUCAACUGGAGCUGCCGAACGAAAAAGUUAUUAUAGCAUAUUGGGAUUGAAGAAAGAUGCCACCCUUCGAGACAUUAAGAAGGCGUACUAUGUGUUGGCUAGAAAACAUCAUCCUGAUGCAUCUAGUGUAUUUACAUCUCCAGAAAGUGGUAAACCAUUUCAAGAAAUUGCUGAAGCUUACAGAAUAUUGAGUGAUGAUAAUAAGCGUCUUGAAUAUGACUUAUAUGGUGUUGUAAAGCAUGAUAAGAAAAAAAUCACGGAAGCUGCACGCAGGGAUUACGGCGAGCAAAGCUUACGCAAAGUGUUCGACGAAGUUGGAUUCAAACGGGGCAUAGAUAUUGAUCCACCGCACUCAAUAAAAGUGCCAGGAGAAACAACAGUGCGACUAACAUUUCUGCAAUCCAUUCGCGGCAUGACAAAAGAAUUAAAUGUAAAGGUAAUUCAACGUUGUCCAGAAUGUGCAGGAAUCGUCAAAUCUUCAAUGAGAAAGAAUUCAGAAACGAACCAAACAUGCAAUGGAACGGAUAUUCAGUCUACAACAAAUACGCAUCGAGCACCGUGCAAAGCAUAUCCCGGUAGCCAUUAUCUUGCGCAGCACACUUGUGCCGAAUGUGGUGGCCGUGGAAUCGUGCUUGUUAAUAAGCUUAUCGAUGUGAGCAUACCACCUGGUGUGAAUUCGGGAGAUGUUAUUAAAGUACCGCAUCCAGGAAAAAAUCAGCAGAUUGCUAUUCGUGUUCAGGUUGCAAAGAGUGAUCAGUUCGAUCGAGUAGAUAAUGACGUAUUUAGUAAUUUGUCAAUAUCAUUAUCACAAGCUGUCCUUGGUGGAGUUGCUAAGGUGAAAGGUAUAUUCGAUGAUCAUGAAAUCUUCUUAGAACCAGGAACGGAGAGUGGAACGAGGGUUCGGUUAGUUGGUAAAGGUGUGAGAACCCAUUCAGGUGUUGGCGACCACGUUCUAACUGUGCGCGUGAAAAUCCCAAAAACACUCACCACGAAGCAGAGGGCACUAAUGACCGCUUUCGCUGAAAUAGAAGCAGAUCAACCUGAUCAAAAGGCUCGGCUUCGGAGGUCUAAAAUUAAAGAUGAAUUGGCCACCUUGCAUCGUUUAAAUAGACCGCAAUCACCAGCAUCACGCACCAUUCAAAAGGGCUCCAACCCAGAACCUUUUCAACGUUCGCAAAUUAAAAUGCUUUCGUGUAAAGUCUAAGACUAUGUAGUAACUAUUUAAUUUGUUGUUAAGUGUGCACUUUAUAUAGAAUAUGUCUUGAUUGAAUUGGGAUGAACAAAGUCUUGAAGUGUAUGUGUAUUGUACUUACGUAUGUAAGUUAUAGAAAGUUGAGUUCGAUUGUGUUUAAUUUAAAACAAGCAAUCAAUCUUUAUUUAUAGAAAUACCAUUCUUGAAAUUAUUCCUAAUGUUGGCAUAAAUGGACAAUGUUUUUUUCCAUUAUGUGUUAAUAACGAAUACAUCAUGAUUUUAAGCUAA